AUGCCUUCCCUCCCUGCAAUUUCCACUGUCCCCUUCCUCCCCCAAGCCACCCAAACACAAAUACUCGAUACCCUUUUCGAGGCCUCCAUGGACCUGCACACCCUCACUCUUCCCCUUCUUAUUCAUCAAACAUUCUCUUCUUAUCAAUCCCUCAUCAGCGCCGUUGGCGCGCGUAUGACGGCGCUCUCAGGUGCAGACUCUCCGAAAGACAGAGAGGUUCUAUAUAAUAUUUUACGUGCUCAUCCGCGUUUAGGGGAGAAGAAGCAGGAGAACCUGAGUGAAUUGAGUCGACAGGAGCAGGCGGCACUUAACGCGGGGAGGGAGGAAGGAGAAAGAGGAGACGAAGGGCGGGACGAGAGUCAGAAGAGGAAGGCAGAAGAAGAGACAGCAGAAUUGAAGAAGUGGAACGAUUUGUAUGAGGAGAAAUUCCCCGGGUUGAGAUAUGUUGUAUUCGUCAACGGACGUGGCAGAGACAUUCUAAUGCAGGAUAUGCAGCGGCGAAUCGAGAGGGAUGACAUAGAAAAGGAAAAGGAGGAUAUUAUACAGACAUCCCCAAUACCUCGAAAUUAG